AUUUUACAUAGAAAAGAAAUAAAUUCUAAUACAAUUUUACUAAAUAAAAAUUUUUUUGUGUGUUGAAUUGUGAACCAUGUUAAUCAAGUUAUUUUAUUCUAUUUGUUAUACUUUGUGGAUUUUAACUUCAAAAUGCUUUACAAGUUGUAAAAUAAGACCAAAAAUAUAUGAAAAAUAUUUGUCAGAAGUAAUGGAUCAUAUAAGUAAACAAGUUGGAUGGGAUUUUAUGCAGCAUUUGGAAGUUAAGUACGACUCUUCUACAGAGAUAAGUUUUAAUAUUAAAGAUGUUAUUUGUAAAGGGAGUAGUAUAACACUACCAAAAAAAUUCGAUGCUAUAAUUCAUACAUUGAAUUAUUUGUACGCAGAGGUCAUCAAAACAUUUAUUGAUCAUAUUCACACUAUAACUAACCGAUGUCAAGAAUAUUAUGACUGUAACCAGGGAGAUAAUUUAUUACGUUGUACAUUUUUACUUCAGAGUGUUAUAGAAAAUUCGAAAAUGAUGUUUGAACAGUUAUACAAAGUAAUGGACUAUUUUAGCAACAUAGAUUUUAAAUUAUUAGCGAAAUGGAAAAAAACAUUUUCAGUGCCUAUAGUAGAUGAAAUUUAUACUUUUGUAGAAUAUGCAACAUUAAAAAGUCAACAAAAUACACUGAUUUAUAUCGAUCUAAACGAUCCAAACACAAAAAAAGAAGCUCAUGAGAUUAUUUUAGGUGUUAAAAGUUUUGUUGAAGGAAAAGGUCAAGAGAUCUACCAAAAUAUUAAGAAAAAAAAUAAUUCAGUUGUUCACAAUCGUAAUCCUAAGUGCUUUCUUGAAGAGAAUUUACAACACUAUAAAACACAACAAAAUAAAAACAUUGAUUUGAGUCAUUAUUUAAGUGAAUGGCUUAAAAUAUAUUACAAUGAAAUUUCUACACAUUUAUACGAAAAUCUUGGCUUUGAACAAGUCUUAGAAUUAAAUGAGGAAAGUAUCACACCUCCAAUUCAUUUAUACGAAAAUAUUAGUCAAAAGCAGGGAAUCAAACUAAUAAACGAAAUUACUAAAGGAAGUGGAUGGAAAUCAUUGAAAAAUAUUAAUAUUGUAUAUAAUGAUCAAGUUAUAAGCGUAGACCGUAUUCAUAGACACCCAGCAGAUAAACUAAAUUAUCAUUGUAAAAAACAACAUAUAUUAAGAUUGGUCAAGUGUAUUUAUACAGAAAUACUGUUUAAGUAUUGCAAUUAUGUAAUUUUCGUAUUAGAUUUUUGCGAAACCAAAAAUGUAAAUAUUUAUGGGGUAAUAUAUACAGAUUUAGUGCGACAAAUUUUUGAUACAGUUCAUAAGACAACUACAAUGUUUGAUAUAAUGUAUAAAACAUUGGUUUCUUUAAAUAAACGAAUAGGAGAAUACUUUCAUGACAACGGCAAUUCAAAUUUAAAAUCUUUGUGUAGUUCAAUAACAAUAUUACUUGAGGAAAUAAAUUCUGGAAAUUAUUCACUGGAUAUUUUGGAUAGUAAAAAUUAUAUCAGUAAAAAGGAAAUAAUGAUAUAUUGCGCAAGAACUUACGUACAAAAUUUCGCAGAAUUUCUAAAAUAUAACAAAAUGAAAAACCGUUCAUUAAAGAAAACUAUUGAAAAGCAGUGUCCAUUACGAAAUUUAGUGUUAAAUAUUGACAUACCUGAGUCAAUUAAUACCAACAAUUUUUCAUCUGUUUGUAACGAACUUGUUGAAUUUUCUAAAAAAUUUAUAAAAGUUUACUAUGAAGAGUUGGGUUUAAAUAAAUUAAAUUAAUUUAUUUAUCAAUUUUUUUUACAACCAUCUCAACCAUAUGCAAUGUGCUAUAAUCUUCAUUUGUAUGAUCUACAAACCACUUAUAAUAUUUUAAAUGUAUUUUUAAUAUUAAAUAAUCAGUUUAGCAAUAAGAUAGUAAACAUUUAAUUAUUAAAAUGAGUAUAAUUCAAAAUGGGUCAAUAGUAAAAUGUAAUAGGUAAACGGUUGACAUUUGGUGUUGAGGUCAUCUUAAUAAUAUAAUAAUAUAUCAAUUUUAAGACCAUCUUUGGUAUUAACAAUAUUAAUAACAUUGUGUUAUUGGCUAUAAUGUGUUACCAUAAUAUAAUAAUUAAAGUAAAACUAAUU